AUGGCGAUAAAGGAUCCACUUGAAGAAGUUUCGUUAUGGUCUGAAUCGGUGGACAAACUACUGGAAUGUAAAUCUGGUCAGAUCGCCUUCAGGGAAUUCCUGAAAACUGAAUACAGUGAGGAAAAUAUAUUAUUUUGGCUGGCCUGUGAAGAAUACAAGAAAAUCAAGUCCACACCUAAAAUGAUAUCUACAGCAAAUAAGAUCUACACAGAGUUUGUCCAAGUGGAAGCCCCUAAACAGAUUAAUAUAGACUGUGGAACCAGAGAAAAUAUUACAAAGAAUAUUUCUCAACCAAACAUCAAUUCUUUUGAUAAUGCACAGAAAAUGAUAUAUGGUCUAUUGGCAAGGGACUGUUAUCCAAGGUUUCUGAAGUCAGAAAUCUACCAGUCACUUUUAAGAAGAUCACAAGAAAACCUGAAGAAAAGAUGA